UGAAACCUUAGAAGGCUGUUGGGGACUUUGCUUUAUUGCAGCUGCAUCUGCCAGAGUCCUUUUCUCUCUCUGUUGUCGGAUCACACGAAUGCCACAUCAGAUCCAAUUUUCCGCUGGGCUAAAAAUCAUUUGGAACAAGAGAAGCUGAGAAGACCUUUGAAGUGGUUGAGGGUCUACAGCUUGGAACAGAGCGGCUAUGGCGGGCAAUGAAAGUAGCACACCUCGGGUAACCUUUCUGACUCCGGAGAAGCCUGAAAAGGCUGAAGAACAUGUCAAACCCAAAAAGCUUGGCAAACUCACAGUAAAAUAUAACCGCAGGGAGAUACAGCGGAGGCUCAACCUGGAAGAGUGGGUAGAUGCCAAGCUUCAGGAGUUGUACCAGAAUAAGGACGCGUCAAGGGACAAUCAAGUGCAACCAGAUAUUGAUAUUGAUGAGCUUCUGGAUUUGUCAGCGGAAGACCAAAAAUUAAAACUACAGGUAAUAAUGAAAGAAUGCGCCAGGCCUACAGGGGAGUUCAUAGCAGAGCUCGUGCAACGUCUGAAAGGUUUGAGAAAGAUAUCAACCCUGCGGCACAAGUAGAGAACUACAGAAAAGCGCUAAAACAGGACACACCAGCUUUUGUUUGCUUGUAAUUCUUGCACUGAUGGCCAACCCGCUGUGGUUACAAGGACACUAUAAAGUGAAUGCACCCCUGCAACAGUUAUUUCUUAUAAAUGUUUCAGCUAAAAGGA